CUUGACUGGCACUGGCAGGCCCUACUUUCAUUUUAAUGUUUACAUUCUUAACACACGAAAACAGUUUGUGGUUAUAGAUCCCGUGAAGAAAAUUAUAAAAACGAACAGAAUAUGGUUGUAGUAAAGGUUGGAAUAAUUGGAGGUUCUGGAUUAGAUGAUCCUAAUAUACUAGAAAACAGACAAGAAAAGUCUGUAGAUACUCCAUAUGGGAAGCCAUCAGACGUUCUGAUCACUGGUUCAGUAAAAGGUAUUCAGUGUGUUCUUCUAGCAAGACAUGGUAGAAAACACACUAUAGGUCCAUCAUACAUCAACUAUCAAGCUAAUAUUCAUGCCUUAAAAUCAGAAGGUUGUACUCAUAUUAUAGUAACUACGGCUUGUGGGUCAUUACAAGAACACAUUCAUCCUGGUGAUUUUGUUUUACUUGAAUCAUUUAUAGAUAGAACUCAUAAAAGAACUCAAACCUUUUAUGAUGGCUCACCUAAUGCUCCUCCAGGAAUUUGCCACAUUCCAAUGAAUGAACCUUUUUGUGCUCAGACCAGAAAGAUUGUGAGAGAAACAUGUAAAGAACUAGGAUAUAGUCACCAUGAUAAUGGAGUAAUGAUAACUAUUGAGGGACCAAGAUUCUCAACUAAAGCUGAGAGUAAAUUAUGGAGAUUACAAGGAGCUGAUGUAGUGAAUAUGAGUACUGUACCAGAGGUAGUAUUGGCUAAUGAGGCUGGAUUAUGCUAUAGUUCUAUAGCUCUAGUAACAGAUUAUGAUUGUUGGAAAGAUAGCCAUGAAGCAGUUAGUGUUGAUUUAGCACUGAAGACAUUUAAAGCUAAUGCCAAUAAAGCAAUUAAUUUACUAUUACACGUUAUACCUAAAAUAGCCUCUGAAGACUGGACAGAUAUUCUACACAAAAAUGAGGAAACAGCAAAGAAUUCAGUAAUGGGAGCUCACUAGAAAUAAGAAAUACUCCAUGGGUAGCUUGUAUCUUCCGGUGCUUUUGAGUGCUUCGUGGUUUUGAAAAUGAAAUUGAAAAAAUUCAUGAAUAUGCUUUUGAGGACGAUUAACUUCAUUUCGUGCCAAUUUGUGAAAAAAAUUAUCUGAUUAAAUUCAUAUUUUUUGUUAUUUGUUUGAUGGGUAAGCCAAUCGAAAGAUAUAAUAAUGUGCUGAAGAAAUGUAGAAGAUAUCUGUUUUAUUGUCUGACUCGCAUUCUCCCUGGUUUCAGCAUGGCUGAUUUCCUUUUGUAGCUGAAAAUGAAGCUUGUCAAAUCUUAGUUUAUUUUUAUUAUUCUUUAACAAAUAAUUUGAUUUUUAUACAGAAAGUGUUAUGUAUCAGUAUAUAAUAAUAAAUAACAUUUGUAUUUU